CAGCAGCCCAGGAGGAGGGAGAAACUACAGGAUUUCUUGUUUAGGAAAUAAAUGUGAGAUAACUUGCAGCAUUUGCAAACCAUCAGAAUGAAAGAGAUCAUUUUCUUCCUGCUCCUAUUGCACUUACAGAGGGGCAGCAUUGGAUUUAACAUUCCAGGAAAAUUCUGGACCACAGGACAAGGUGAUGAAACCCAGACAAGUCACUCAGACUCGACUCCAUCUUCGACCACAAUUAGGGGGUCACCCCAUUCUGAAAUCCAAGAAGCCAAAGUGAAUGCCUCACAGGGACCUCCUUUUGCAUCUUCAGACGAGACACUGGGAAUGAAAGCAGCGAAGAAAACUUCCAGUACCACAGUAUCUACCCCUGCAAGUCAGUCAAAUGGACACAGUGAUGAUGACUCCGGCAAAGACAAGAUGGGAAGCUCAUCUCACAGCAAAGGGACAGCCCUACAAAGCACUGCUAGAGAGAUCCCUCUCCUUCAAGGGGUCACUACAAGCCUGCAUACAGCUACAGGGAACAGAUCUGUCAAGCAGUCCUCUCACAGUGCUGGUAUCACCAGGAGCCAGCAGGAUGCCAACUCCAAAGCAUCCGGCUUUCAAACUACCAGGGGAAAAAACUGGUGUGCUUAUGUCCAUACCAGACUUGUACCUACAGUUGUGGUGGACAACCUGGAAACCUUCUCAUCAGGCAGAGCAAAGCCUUGCACUUGGCACAUUGGAUCCUGUGCUCAGAGGUCCCAGACAACAACACACCAGGCCUACAGAAUCAAACAUAAAAUAGUGACAUCCCUGGAGUGGAAGUGCUGUCCUGGGUACAGGGGGCAGAACUGCCAACCCAAAGCUCCAGAGCAGCAAUCAGUUAUACACAGCAACCAGGCUGAAAGCAGCAGAACUGUCAGUGAGAGGACACCAGGAGCUCUGCAGGACCCCAGUGGGACAGCACUUUUUCAAAAAAUGAAUGAGAAGAUUAGCAGUCAGGAGAUGAAACUGACUUUUCUACAGAAGAAGGUUGACAGCAUUGCUGCUGCAAUGAAUGAUGUGAGCAAGAUGCUUUCUUCUCUGGAAGGCAAAAUCAAUGAAGAUAAGGGCAGAGACUUCCAGUCUUUUCUAAAAGGUCUCAAAUCCAGAAGUAUUAACGACUUAAUCAAAAACGUAGUUGAAGAACACUUUCAUGUGUUUCAAGGUGAAAUGCAAGAGAGCAUGGCUCAGAUUUUCAAGACUAUGUCUAGUUUGUCAGGUGACCUUGAAAAUACAAAAGAAUUAGUCAAGCAUCUGAAUGAAACCCAAAAUAAAUUUGCUCAGGAGAAAGAUAGUGGGCCAACAGAACUUGACAUUCUGGAGCUGAAGAGUCAUAUGGUGCAGAUGAGAGAGGAAAUGGCCCUCACUUGUGACAAGCCUGUGAAAGCUUUACAAGAAAAGCAGAAGUCCUUGGAAGUUAACUUGGAGCAUCAACAGUCAAGAAGUGUAAUUUAUUAUGAAUCUUUAAAUAGGACCCUUACUGAAAUGAGAGAUGCUCAUGAACAACUGUUAUCAGCUGAACAGUCCUCAAGGCAAAGCAUCCCCUCAGCAGAUAAAGUCAUGGAAUACAAUGUUACAGAGUACAUGUUCACCCUGCAUGAGAAAGUAAAGAGACAAGGCAUGAUGGUACUGGAGAUCUAUGAUGACUUAAGAGUCCAAGAUAGCAAGAUCAGCAAUCUCAGUGUUGCACUGGAAAUUCAGAGGGACUCUGUUCUGGGGGUCUGUGAUGACAUGUUGUCAGAGAGCAGGACAGAUUUCCAAGCACAGCUGGCAGCAAUCCAAGAGAGCAUGCUUGUUCUAAACAAGAGUCUCUCUGAUGUGUUCCUUCCAUUGGGCAGUAAGAUGGACAAAAUGAAUGAGCAAAUUAAUGAUUUGUGCUAUGAUAUGGAGAUCCUGCAACCCUUGAUUGAACAAGGAGUACCUUUUAGUCUGACUUCUGAGUAUGAGCAACAAAUCCAAGCUCAAGAAUUCAAAGAGAAACUUGAUAACCUCACUGUUGUCAUUAACAGAAUGAGUUCUGCAAUGAAGGAACUUUCCAAAACUCAGGAAGGACUUAAAAAUGAAUCUCAGGCUUAUCAGGAUCUGUUUGAGAGUCGUGUUAAUGAAUGCUCCAUGGAAAUAGAAGAUGGAUUAAACAAGACCAUGAUAGUAAUAAACAGUGCUAUUGAUUCUAUUCAAGAUAAUUAUGUACUGAAAGAUAUGCUACAUGCUCUAAGAAAUGAGACUGGAGUUUGCUGUGGCAGAGCUGAGGAACUGGACAGCCUCCUGGCUUUCAUUCCUCAGUUCCAGCAGUGGAAUGAAUCCCUCCAAUCACUGCUCUAUAACAAGAAAUACGAAAUUACUUCACAAGUAUCUCCAUCUCUUUCUGAUCUUCCAUACAAGGAAUCUGACAAAAGUAUCCUCCACAACUUCAGUAGAGUUUUCUAUAUUUUAAAUGAGACAUCAUCAAAAGUGGAAAAGGAGCAACAAGAUAUCAGCCGCCUGGAAGAAAAACUAUUUGACUCUGUGGAGGGUUCAAAGGACCAUGAGGUUCGCCUUCUGAAUGUAGAGUCAAAAAUUUCCAAGCUUUUGGCAAACAACUGUGUCUCACUCAAAAAAACGAAAGCUGCCUCAACAGAGAAAGAGCAGGUGGUCUCACUUCAGCUCCAGGCACUGAGUUCCAGGAUCAAGGCCCUGGAAGCCAAGUCGAUCCGUUUCUCAAACAUCAUUCCACUUGCGAACAAGACUGCUCAUGAGGCCUGGGGGCUGUGCCAGGAUGCCAACAACAGCAUCCAGAAAGUGAACACAAGCAUACCUGUGCUAAUUAAAUUGGCUCAGCCAGAUAUCCCCCUGCUGCAGAGAGGCCUCAAGGAGCUCAUUGAAUCUGUGCUUGAAGUAAAAGCAGGAGCUAUUUUGACAAAUUUAACCCAGCAUGUUGACAUAUCGAUGGUAAAUGCAAUGAACAAUAUCACCAAACUUCAGAAGCCGCUGAAACCAGUUAUAAAGAAACCCUCCCCAGCAAAAAAAGUGGCAGCAAAUGCCACCAUGAGCCUGGCAAGCCGAAGCCAGAGAAACACAGAUAAUGCAAUAGAUCCAGGGCAGUUUUCAGCGUGUGCCAGUUCCCCGUGCCAGAAUGGAGGGACCUGUGUCAAUGACAGGCAGAGUUUUGUCUGUGCCUGUCGCCACCCCUUCGGAGGAGUCAACUGUAGUGUGAAGCUGGUGAACGACAAUUCCCUGAGUGUUGAUUUUUCAAAAGGAUCAUACAGAUAUGCACCUAUGGUGGCUUUUUUUGCUUCUCAUACAUAUGGAAUGACAACUCCAGGACCCAUCAGAUUUAACAAUCUGGAUGUCAACUACGGCGCCUCAUUUGCCCCAGCAACUGGAAAGUUCCAUGUUCCGUAUCUGGGGGUCUAUGUUUUUGAAUAUACUAUUGAAUCAUUUAGUCCACGUGCCUCUGGCUAUCUGGUCAUUGAUGGAAUAGACAAACUUACUUUUCAGGCUGAAAGUAUUAACAGUAAUAAGUACACUGACAGAGUAAUUACUGGAAGUGCUUUAUUGGAGUUAAAUUAUGGUCAGGAAGUCUGGCUCAGACUGGCAACUGGCUCUAUACCAGCCCAGUAUCCACCAGUAACUACAUUCAGUGGCUACUUGUUGUAUCGUACCUAAGUCAGUCCUAAAUGCAAAGUUAGUCAAAUGAAGCAACCUGCAGGUGAAUUUAGCUUUGCUUUUAAAUACUUUGUUUCUUUAACAGCACUAAGUUUCCCAAUGUAAUGUCUUUUCUAGUGCUGAUCCUCCAAGAUGUCCUUUGGCUGUAGCCACGUGUGCAACCACAAGGAGUCCAUAGGUUGGAGAUAGGGGAAAACAAAGCAUCUUGUUUAUAUUAGCAUGAUUUGGAAGCACAAAUCUAAUUAUGUUCUACUGUUACAUCACAUAGACAUACUCACACAACGUUGCUGAGAAUCAGUUCUCAAGAGAAAGCUUGUUUUGAUUAUUCCUUUACACCCUCACUGCAAAUCAAAAGUGACAGAUAGAUUUUGAUGACUCAGAUGCUGGAUUACUACUUAGCUCAUUGUAUCAAUUGAUAAUCAUGGGGAUAUAUUCUGUUUGGAAAAAAUAUAUUUUUCAUUUUGCCUACCAUUAUCCACCACAUACUUUGAUAUGGGAGCAUUUAAUUGAUUCAUUAUUUUUUUCAUGUAACCAGUAUAAUGAUAAACUAGGUUUUUUGAGUCUGGGAGCAAAAAACUAAGAGGAAUACAUUCAGAUUAGAAAUAAGGUAUUUUUAGCAGUUUAAUUAGUCACAGGGUAAACACCGUAAUAGAUUUGGUGGAUUUUCUCUGCUGCUUGAAAUAUUUAAACCACAGCUGGAUUUUCCUUAGGUGAUGUGUUUUAAGCAAACAUUGUUAUAUUGGCUUCACACAGAUUUUAGCAUUUGACCUAUAAAGUACACAAGAUUAAAUUAUAUAACCAAAGUGUUUUCUAAGUUUGAGCUCUAUAAAUCCAUGGUUUUGUUUGUUUCUGCAUGAUGUUCACUAACUACUGAGGCAAGAUGAAAUUAACUUCAGUCUGCAUGUGAUUUGUAAAGCAACAAUCUAAUAAAGAAAUAUUUUUAAUUGA